AUGACCGCCAGGGCUCGACGACCUCAAAACAAACCCGCCCGGCCGCCCCUGACGAUCAAGACAGAAGCAGAGGAUGCGAAUGGAAACGGUCACCUCAACGGCAACGGCAAAAUGAGCAGCGGAGUAGAGAUGCGCCGCAAGGCGGCCAACCCAGAUGCCGAUAACGUUGCGGCCAACUUCGUCAAGAGCGAGUCCUUUUCCCUCGACGAUCCGAUCCCCAAGACCCCUUCUCUUAACAACCAUGGUUUCUUCGAUCUUCCUCGACAAGACCAGAGGAACUUUCUCCUCCUGGUGCUUCUAUACUUCUUGCAGGGCAUCCCCAUGGGCUUGGCCACAGGCUCUGUGCCCUUUUUGCUCAAGAAUCAUAUGUCGUACAGCGAAAUUGGUAUCUUCAGUCUCGCUUCAUACCCUUACUCUCUGAAGCUCUUCUGGAGUCCUUUCGUGGACGCUGUUUGGAGUCCCAAGAUUGGUCGGCGCAAGACAUGGAUCGUCCCGAUUCAGUUUCUCUCCGGCUUUGGUAUGCUCUGGUUAGGAUCUCAUGUGGAAGACAUGAUGGCCACCGCUGGUAAGCCUGGCGGCAUGACAGCGUUCUCGUUCAUGCUUUGGUGGUUCUUUCUCGUCCUCAUGUGCGCCACCCAGGAUAUCGCCGUGGACGGCUGGGCGCUCACUCUUCUGACGCCUGGAAACGUAUCGUACGCUUCAACUGCGCAGACUGUUGGACUCACUGCUGGCCACUUUAUGUCAUACACUGUGUUUCUUGCCUUCAAUGCUGCCGACUUUGCCAACAAGUGGUUCAGGGCUGUUCCCUCAGAUGAUGGUCUUCUCUCACUGGGGGGAUAUCUCAAGUUCUGGGGAUGGUCAUACAUUAUUGUCACCGUGGGACUCGGCCUUUUGAAGAAGGAGGACAAGUCGCAGAACGAAGAUGGUGUCUGGGAUGUCUACCGCAUCAUGUGGGGUAUCCUCAAGCUCAAGAACGUCCAGACCAUUAUCAUUGUUCACCUGAUUGCCAAGAUUGGCUUCCAGGCUAACGACGGCGUUACAAACUUGAAGCUUCUCGACAAGGGCUUUGGCAAGGACAACAUGGCGCUGACGGUUCUCAUCGACUUCCCAUUCGAGAUUGGACUGGGUUACUAUGCCGGAAUGUGGUCACAAAAGUAUACACCGAUGCGCCUUUGGUGCUGGGGAUUUGUGGGCAGACUUGUUGCUGCUCUCUCCGCCCAGUUCGUCGUCGCUAUUUUCCCCGAUGAAGGAGUUACAUCAUGGUAUCUGUUGGUGGUUAUCGCUGAACACCUUUUCUCAACAUUCACAAACACAAUCAUGUUUGUCGCUGUCUCUGCUUUCCAUGCCCGGGUGUCUGAUCCCGUCAUUGGCGGCACUUACAUGACUCUCCUUGCAACUGUCUGCAAUCUGGGCGGCACAUUCCCCAGGUAUUUCGUACUUCGGCUCGUUGAUAGCUUCACUGUGGCUACGUGCGAGCCUGGCAAGCCAGAUGCCACGAUAAUCAAGGGCACACUAAUCAAAGAUGCGUUCUCAUGCGCUGUACAGUCUGAGAAGGAGAGAUGUGAGGCCGGCGGCGGAACAUGCCACAUGAUCCACGACGGAUACUAUACAGUGAACAUAUUAUGUGUCCUGUUUGGUGCUGCAACUUUCUUCUGGUACAUCAAGCCAAAGGUGUUACAUCUCCAGAGUCUACCUCUACGGGCAUGGAGAUUAGCACCGGGAAACGAGAACAAGCGAUAG